AGUCUGAAGCAUGCAGUCGGGCCAGCAGGACGCUAUGCGCACUUGUUGCUGUGAAGAAGUCUAGCUGGCGUAGAAUUAUACCGAUAGCUUGUUUAUUCUUUAAAUUUUUUAUUUGAAAAAAUAUAUAUACAUUAUAAGUGAAGAAAAAUGAUUUUAAAGUAUAUUUUAAUGUUUACGCUAGUAGCGUGCUUUGAGGUAAGGGCUCUUACUCAAAACAACGACGGGCAGAAAUGCAGCGGUAAAAUCAAAAUAAAUCAAUCAGGCCAAUCGAUAAUCAGCAGUAUUGGAAACUACUCGGACAAUUUACGAUGCUCUUGGCUGAUCGAGCCCGAUUCGCCAAAUUCAGCGAUUCGCCUGCACAUUCAGUAUUUCGAAACAGAGCUGGGAUACGAUAAACUGUACAUUUACGAAGGGGACAACGUUCACGCACCCUUACACGCUACGUUGUCAGGAUAUCAGUCCGACAGGAUCAUCGAAAUCGAGCCAUUUAAUCACAAGAACCCCAGCAAAGUUCUUCUGUACUUCAGCUCCGAUAGUUAUCUCAAUUUCGCAGGCUUCAAUAUCACCUACGAACAAUGUAAAGCCGCUUCUAGAUCUAUGGAACCUGGACCAGGCCCCUUGUGCGAGCCGCUAAAAUCGGCUUGUCCGAACGAUUGCUCUGGCCAAGGCAAAUGCAUGGCGCAUCCUUAUGCGCGGUGUACCUGCUUCCAGGAUUUCGCUGGUGAUGAUUGUAGCCAAAAAGUUAAAGACGGCACCUGGGAAGUAAUAUACGGAUCCAAAAACUUGGAGCCACUGAGAACUUCUGCCGGUCACUGCGCUUACAUCUGGAACAACAAACAAUACAUCCAUGGAGGCGUAAGUUACGAUCACCUCAACUUCAAUGAUGAACUGAUCAAGACCCGCAGAUUCUACGGACUUACGCUCUUGUCGUCGUCGCCCAUACCAAGCGAUAUACCUCCGCUAUUCGGCCAUUCUUGUGUUAACAUCGGAAACAAGGCUUACUUAUACGGUGGUAUGUUUAUGAACUCAACGGAUACCAAUGAACUUUGGAUGUACGAGAAGAGCUCAGCUCAUCCACGUUACGAUAGAAGCCCGGAUGAAAGCUGGCAAAGUAUCGAACCAUUGACUCCAUGCGACGAAGGCGAGAUGUGCGCACCGAUAAAGGUAUCCGGUCACACAGCCAACCUGAUCACAGGUCCGUACGGCGAGGACAAAAUGCUGGUGAUAUUCGGCUACUCAUCCGAAUACGGCUACCUGAAUACCGUUCAAGAGUACGACUUUGAAACUGGCACUUGGCAAAUCGUCAACACCACCGGAUUUCCCGUGAGGGGCUCUUACGGUCACAGUUCCGUCUACGACGAGUCGUCCAAUAUGAUCUACGUAUACGGAGGUCUCGUCAAUGAUAUCGAAUUCACCAAUCGACUUUACGCUUAUCACACCUUAAAAAGGGAAUGGAAGCUUGCCGCGCCAUCACCUUCCGAUCCCCGUUAUCUUCACAGCGCGGUCCUCGUCAGUAAGAACUUGAUGCUCGUCUACGGUGGCAAGAUCAGCAACAUGUACCGAAAACCGGAUACCAUCGUCUACGACCUGACGUGCGAUUCUUGGCAGCAGUACCGGAUGCCCGAAGGUAUAGACACCUCUAGGUAUGGACACAGCGCCGUCAUGGAUCGCAAAGGAUCGAUAAACAUAUUCUCGGGAUUCGACGGCGAGAUGGUCAAUAACGUGUUGAGAUACACACCUGGAACCUGCGAGCAGUUCGAAGAUUACUUUGAAUGCCUCACGAGCCAAGUUGGACUGAAGUGUAUCUGGAUGGAAGACGCAAAAUCUUGUCGAGCUUUGGACGACGUGGAUAAUCCUACCAAGUACCCGAGCUGUUUGGAAAACGCUGAACAAUUAGCACUGAGAAUGAAGGCAUGCCAGGAGUUGACAGACUGCUCAUCUUGCACGCAAACGUCGAUCGACUGCGUCUGGUGCAACGGAGAAUGUUCUCAUCAGCAAACUUGCCCCGAUAAAACCGCAAACGUCACUCAUAGUCCAGAAAUGUGCAACGAAACUUUGCCGAAGGAAAGCCAAUCGAAAUUCCAGAUUUCCGAUGAAAACUGCGCCAAAAUCACAUCCUGCGGUAACUGCACGGACACCGGUGCCUGUUUCUGGUGUCAGAAUCAACAGCAGUGUUACAGCAAACACGCUUACGAAGCGGUAUUCCCCUACGGUCAAUGUCGCGACUACCUCAUCAACGGAGAUCAAUGUCCAGAUGCGAACACACCCACUGGCGAAUGGUGCAGCGCUUACAAGAACUGCACAGAGUGCGGAAAGGAUCCGGCCUGCGGUUGGUGCGACGAUUUGUCGGGAACCGGUAGUGGACAAUGCCUGCACGGAUCAGCUGGACGAUCUAACCGUCAAAGCUGUCCAUCGAGUCAUCGGUGGUACUUCACCGAAACAUGCCCAAGUUGCCAAUGCAACGGUCAUAGCACUUGCCAUCCAGAUAGCGGGGAAUGCAUUCAACCGUGCAAUGACUUCACGGAAGGACCACACUGCGAUAGGUGUCAACCUGGUUACUGGGGUAACCCUGCGAACGGCGAAAAAUGCAAAGUUUGCGAAUGCGGCAGCGAAAAUCACUGCGACGACAAAACUGGAAAGUGUUUGAAAUGUGAAACAAUCGGAGCCACAGGAGAUCUCUGCGAAAAAUGUGACGUGAAGAAGAAUUACUUCGAAGGACCUGCACCUGGAUUAUGCUACUAUGACAUUGAGACAAAUUACAAAUACAUCUUCAACCUGACCAACGAUGGUUUCGAAGCUCUACGGAAAGUCAACUUCGGAAACUCGGCACUAAAAGCGACCGUACCUGCUUUGUUCAGCAUAGAAUGCUCUGUUAACGCGACCGUAGACGUGAGAAUUGAAAACAAAAAAGGUUCGCAACAGUUUGUCCUCAAACAUCAUCCGUGCAGGGACACGAAAUUCGGUAAAAUGUUCGCCGUGCAAGAGUACACGAAUGGCAUCAACGAAAAUGAAGAGAAUACGGUCUACGUGCAAGUCUACGAAUUUAAGAAACCAGCUGUCAUCACAAUUUCCUUUGAUCAAUUACCUCGUAAAAAAUAUGGAUUAUAGGCAUGGAAUUUUUAAAUAUUUUAAAGAUAAAAAAUAAAAAUAUACGGAGUCAGGAGGAAAAGAAAUUGUCAAAAAUUUUCGUUUUAUAAAAUAUUUAUAAUACUGUUAUUCCAUAAUUUAGUUAUUUUACAAAUAUACAAUUGUACAAUGUAAUUAAAUUUUUUACUGUAAUUACAUUACCACAGUCUUUAAUAAAAUAUCACAUAAUGGUCAGUUAUUAUGAGUGUUUUUCGUUAUGUGACCUUUGAAUAUAAAUAUAUCUCUGUUCCAUCGAUACAUUACUUUUGUUUUAAGAAAACCUGCUUAAAAAUGUCAAAGCACAUUAACUCAUUAUUUGGCCAGAUAUCUUUUAUCGACC